CUGCGCCUGCGCGGGAAGUCGUGGCCCAGCGUGCCUGUUGGGUUACUCUCACUGACAGGCACAGGAAUGAGGUCGGAGGGCAGAGUCCGCGGGAGCGGCGCGGAGGAAAGGCUGCUGCUGGCACCUGGUCUAGGUCAGUGAGGAUCUCUGGGGACCCGCUCCGGCGCUCCCAUCCUCAUCCAGCGCGCUUCUCACAGGGGAUGACCCCCAGCAAGGUGCCUGCGCCUACGUUCAGUGCGGACCCUGCAGGUUUUCUAUCAGAUGUUCCACCGUAAUAAUGCUGGAGUUAAGACGUCUCCAUUUCUUUGUUCCAAACCAGAAGACUUUGUUCUCUGCAUAUAGAGUAGGAAUAAUGUUGGUUAGAAACUGGCUGGUGUUUAAAACUGAAGAUUGUCAUGACUGUUUAACUUAAACCCUAUUCUGAAGUAAAAAUAAUUGCCUUGGAAAUACUAAGUUGGGGUAACCCACAUUUGCUUUUGGAACCAUGAAAAUUUUGCUCGUUUUUGACUUCGACAAUACAAUCAUAGAUGAUAAUAGUGACACCUGGAUUGUACAGUGUGCUCCAGAGAAAAAGCUUCCUAUUGAACUACAAGAUUCUUAUGAAAAAGGAUUUUGGACAGAAUUUAUGGGCAGAGUCUUUAAGUAUUUGGGAGAUGAAGGUGUAAGAGAAGAUGAAAUGAAAAGAGCAGUGACAUCAAUGCCUUUCACUCUAGGGAUGGUGGAGCUUUUGAACUUUAUAAGAAAGAACAAGGAUAAAUUUGACUGCAUCAUUAUUUCAGAUUCAAAUUCAGUCUUCAUAGAUUGGGUUUUAGAAGCUACUAGUUUUCAUGAUGUGUUUGAUAAAGUGUUUACAAAUCCAGCAGCUUUUGAUAGCAAUGGUCAUCUCACCGUGGAAAGUUACCAUGCCCAUUCUUGCAACAGGUGCCCCAAAAAUCUUUGCAAAAAUGUAGUUUUGGUAGAAUUUGUAGAUAAACAGUUACAACAGGGAGUGAAUUAUACACGAAUUGUUUAUAUAGGUGAUGGUGGAAACGAUGUCUGUCCAGUAACUUUUUUAAAGAAGAAUGAUGUUGCCAUGCCACGGAAAGGAUAUACUUUACAGAAAACUCUUUCUAGAAUGUCUCAAAAUCUUGAACCUAUGGAAUCAUCUGUUAUAGUUUGGUCUUCAGGUGUCGAAAUAAUUUCUCAUUUACAAUUUCUAAUAAAGGAGUAAUAUGCCAACA